AUGGCUCUGCGCUCGUUUGUCUCAGAAGCCGAGGCCGAGCUCCGUUGUGGAGCUGAAGGUUCCGGCGGAGACGGCUCCAGGCCCGGCCCGGCCAUUGCCAAGAAGUCGCGGAAGAAGUCGCAGAACCCCAACAAGGAGAGUAGGAACCGGAAGCCGGGAUCACCCUUCAAAUCUUUUGAGGCGACAGUGCACCAUCGCCGCCGCACCCCCAGCCUCAGGGACGGCUUGCGUCUUUUCGCUUCCUUCGGGUCGGCUCCAGAUCCUACUUGUGAGGUCACCCAGCUCAGUCCUUGUCCUGGCAAGAAGUCCCUUGCCGACAUGGAGGAGACGCUGCGAACUGGCCAUUUCACCGUGAUCAAAGGUCCAUCGAGUGGCCGGCGUUGGAUCCGGGGAGAAUCCAUCGGCCGCGGCUCCUUAGGCACGGUGUACCAAGCGAUGGACCAGCAAACCGGCGAGCUCCUCGCGGUAAAGGAGGUGGUGAUCAACGCUUCCGACUCUGCUGACAUGAAAUUCAAGGACCAGCUCGAGAACGAGAUCCAAAUCGUCAAGGAGCUAAAACAUCCUCGAAUAGUCGCUUACCUCGGCCAUGAUUACAUGGGUGACUCCCUGUGCAUCUACUUGGAGUUCAUGGCAGGUGGCUCCUUGGCGCAAGCUCUGCGGCAGUUCGGCUGCUUCGAAGAGUCCUUGCUGCUGGCCUACACGAGGGAGAUGUUGGAAGGGUUGGAGUACCUGCACACGAGGGAGACCCCUGUCGUGCACCGGGACAUCAAAGGCGCCAACGUUCUCGUCGAUUUGGACUGCCACGCCAAGCUGAGCGAUUUCGGUUGCUCGAAGCGCGACAACGACACGAUGUCACACACCAUGCGGGGUUCCAUUCCCUGGAUGGCGCCCGAGGUCAUCAAGAACACGGGCUAUGGACGAAAGGCUGACAUUUGGAGCUUCGGGUGUGUUGUGAUUGAGAUGGCCACGGCCAAGAGUCCCUGGGGCUCUUUCGACAAUCCCAUGGCCGCCAUGUGCAAAAUCGCGAUGUCGGAUGCAACGCCACCCAUCCCAGAGGGGGUCUCGCCUGCAUGCCAGGACUUCAUCCGUCUGUGCACACGCAGAGAUCCAGCCGACAGGCCAGAUGCCACACGGCUGCUGGCGCACGACAUCUUGAAAAACGUCAUUGUCGAAGACGACUGA